ACAGCACGCAGGCACUCACCAAGCUGAGAAGCUCCAAGAGGCAGUAGCAGAGUGGAAACUUAAGCCUGUUGCAGUGACCACUGACAAUGCAAGAAACAUUGUUAAUGCUGUCAGUGAUGCAGGAUUGGGUCCACAUAUUGGAUGUUUUGCCCAUACAUUGAACCUGGCAUCACAGAAAGGAAUGGCAGUCAGCCAGGUAUCUCGACUGCUGGGAAAAAGAAGAAAAACUGUUGGCUUUUUCCACCGCAGCUCAGUGGCUGUCCAUAUAUUGGAGACAACGCAGAAGAUGCUUAACUUGCCAAAACAUUGUUUAAUACACAACGUGCCCACACGCUGGAACUCCAGCUAUGAGAUGGUUGAGUGGUAUCUUGAACAGAAAUCUGCUGUUUACUCAGCUCUAACAGAAAGAGCCCAUAAAAAUAAGGAUAUUGCCAAUCUGACUGACCAUGAGCUGAGCAUCGCAGAGAGUGGGAUUGAGAUUAUGAAGCCUCUGAAGAUGGUCCCAACAAUACUGAGCACUGAAACAACACCUUCAGUUUCCAUGAUCUUACCAUUAAAAAACAUGAUCUUGGAAUCCAUGAAACAAAAUGAUGAUGAUACUCCCACUGCCAGGGAAAUCAAGCAAGCCAUCAGUGAAAAUCUGCAAACGAGGUAUUUUGCAGAUCCUGGUCUUGAGGACUUCCUUAACAAGUGCACUGCACUUCAUCCGCAUUUCAAGACACUUCCUCAUCUUGAUCCAGCCUAUCAACACAGAAUCUAUGAAGAUACCCUCAUCACAGAAGUUCUGAGCACAGCACAACAGGCUGAGACCAGAGAGACUACAGAGGCCAGUCCAUCAACUUCAUCAGAGCCCAAUCCAUCAACUUCAUCAGAGCCCAGUCCGUCAACUUCAUCAGAGCCCAGUCCAUCGGCAGUGACAGCAGAGUCAGAGGCAGCACCUUUCCCUCCAACCAAGAGGUCAGCCAUGGCAGAAAUUUUUGGCCUACUCUUCAAAACUGUUAAAAAGUACCAGCCUGAUUUGCAGCAGCAGUUGAAGGAUGAAGUGUACGCCUACAUGGCAAAGGAGUGCAUUUCAGUUGAUUCCAACCCACUUGCCUGGUGGAAGGCUCAAGAGUCUGUAUAUCCAAAUCUAGCCAAGCUGGCAAAGCGUUACCUGGCAAUACCUGCAAACUCAGUUCCAAGCGAGAGGGUUUUCUCAAUGGCAGGUGACAUUGUUACCGCCACACGAUCUUCACUCACUACUGAAAAUGUGGACAAACUGAUAUUUUUUAAGAAAAACUUGAAAAUAGAAUAAAUCUGAAGCCUUUUAUUUUGAUGCC